AAACUUUUCGUAUCAACCAUAAACUUUCGUAAUUUUAGUUUGUACGUACGUGCCACUUCCGGUAGUUGUCAAUUAUAGAAAACAUCAAAUUCCACACUAAAGAUGUCAGCCAGCGUGGUAAAUGACCCAAAAAGACCUAACAAAAUAACAAGAUAUAAGCCUCCAAGCAGUAGCGGUCCUGGAGAUGACCCGACACCUGACUACAUGAAUCUUCUUGGCAUGAUAUUUAGUAUGUGUGGUCUUAUGAUGAAGUUGAAGUGGUGUGCCUGGUGUGCUGUAUAUUGCUCUUUCAUCAGUUUUGCCAACUCCAGGGCUUCAGAGGAUACCAAACAAACAUUGAGUAGUUUUAUGUUAUCAAUAUCAGCAGUAGUGAUGUCAUACUUACAAAAUCCUCAACCGAUGACCCCGCCAUGGCAAUGACCUUGACCUUAGUUAUCAUCAUUUUGAAACAUCACAUUAAAAAUCAUCAUAACCAAGAAUAUAAUCAGACAAUAAAAGACAGAACAGCAAAUUUAGUGUUAACAAUGCUGUG